UCAUCAGAUAGGCCUCCCAAUGGGCUCCCGGAAAGUUCCCACCAAGCAUAUACGGUUGACCGCAGCACGUUUCGUGAAGCCCUAAAAGUGACCCUUGGAAAAUUCCUCACGCAUUACACAAGUCUCAAAAACAAGGUCACUGCAUUCUUUGACGGUGGAGCUUCGGAGGAUGGUGCCCUCCUGGUUGGUGCGAAUGGUGUUCGAUCCAAGGCGCGCAAACAAUACGUGCCCGCAUUCGAAGGCCUCGAUACUGGCAUGCGAAUCAUAUUUGGAAAGACUCCCUUGACCAGUGAAUGUAUCAAAAAACUUCCUAAACAAUAUUUGCAUGGCAUGAGCAUGGUGAAAAGCGAUGAUGAUGCAUCCCAGCCCGUACUGCUCUUUGAAGGCAUUUACUUCCCCCGUGCCGAAGAGAUCUCGGAAGUACAAAUUCCUUACCUCCAUAUAUACUGGUUUCUUAUCGUCCACUGCUCCCUCAUUCCCUUUUCGGACGAGGAGAUGUGGCAUAGCAGUGCAAAAGACAGCAAAUCUAACGUUGAGACUGACCCAUUCCUGGGCUCUAUGGGGCUUAAACCGCGAUUUCGAUCACUUUUGUCCGCGCUGACAGAUAUUGCUCCUUGGGAACCGUCCGAUCUGGUGACACCUCUUGGAGAUGCAAUUCAUGUCAUGCCACCAACCGCUGCAAUGGGAGCCAAUACCGCUCUUCGAGACGCAGCUGAUUUGGCUCAUAGGAUCACGGCAGCCGAAAAUAUUGGCAGCAUGGGCAAGGCAUUGAUUGGGGCCUACGAAUCUGAAAUGCGCGAAUUUGCAGUGACGAUUCGAAUUCAGGUGGAGAGGCGGCAUGAAAGGCUUCAGUCUUCGCCCAAGAGAGGAAUGUGA